CAAUGGGCGGGGCGGGCCGCCAUGGGCCGCGGCAGCGCUGUCCCGCCGCCGCGCCGGGGCCGGGGCCGGUAACGGCAGCGCUGCCGUCCUCUCUCCCGCCUUCCUCCUCCUCAUCCCCUUCCUCCUGCUCCUCGGCGCUGCCCGGCGCCGGGGCUGUCCCGGCGCCGCUCCGCAAGGCGCGGCCGCCGCUUCCCCGCCCCGGCGCGGGGCCGUCCCUCGUCCCCUCCCUCCCUCCGCCCCGUCCCCGCCCGCCGCGGCAGCCCCGAGCGGGAGGCGGCGGAGGGAGGCGGGAGCCAUGCGGGAGUACAAGGUGGUGGUGCUGGGCUCGGGCGGCGUGGGCAAGUCCGCCCUUACGGUGCAGUUCGUGACCGGCUCGUUCAUCGAGAAGUAUGACCCCACCAUCGAGGACUUCUACCGCAAGGAGAUCGAGGUGGACUCGUCCCCGUCCGUGCUGGAGAUCCUGGACACGGCGGGCACCGAGCAGUUCGCCUCCAUGCGGGACCUCUACAUCAAGAACGGGCAGGGCUUCAUCCUGGUGUACAGCCUGGUGAACCAGCAGAGCUUCCAGGACAUCAAGCCCAUGCGGGACCAGAUCAUCCGCGUCAAGAGGUACGAGCGGGUGCCCAUGAUCCUGGUGGGCAACAAGGUGGACCUGGAAGGCGAGCGCGAGGUUUCCUUCGGGGAGGGCAAAGCGCUGGCCGAGGAGUGGAGCUGCCCCUUCAUGGAGACCUCGGCCAAAAACAAAGCCUCGGUGGACGAGCUGUUCGCCGAGAUCGUCAGGCAGAUGAACUACGCGGCGCAGCCCAACGGGGACGAGCCGUGCUGCGCCUCCUGCGCCAUCCUCUGAGGGCGGCGGCGGCCCCGCGCCCCGGCGGACACGCUCGGGGACAAAACAUCGGGGAAAAAAUUUCAUCGUGGUGGAAAUGUGGCUUUUCUCGGCAUGUACGUUUCGUCCAGUCUUGGUCAUGGCAUAUUUCCUGUCAGUGUCGGCGGCGGGCGCGAGAGCAGCCGGUCCCGCCGCCCGGGGAGCGGAGCCACGCGGGGAACCCGCCCGGGACAGCCCCGGGGAGCCCGGCCAGGAGCGGGGCCCUCAGCCCGGACAGCCCCGGGGAGCGGUGCCCUCAGCCCGGACAGCCCCGGGGAGCGGGGCCCUCAGCCCGGGGAGCGGUGCCCUCAGCCCCGGG